AUGCGGGCUUCGGAAGGAUACAGAGCACGUAACUACAACGCGGCGCUGCACACUACAGCCCAACAUGCGAACAGUAACAGUAAUAUAUGGGAAGGAAAAUCAACGGAGAGUGGACAAUGGGUCGGAGGUUGCGGUGUCGACCAGGCGCUGGGUGCGGACCGCCGCUUGCCGCGCCUCGACCCGGCGUCCUUCUCUGUCACUAGUGCGGUUAAUCGACAU